AUGGCAGCAUUAUCCCAGUUGACAGAAAGUUUGGCAGAGUCAAGUGCACUUCGCUACAUCCAAAAGAAUGAAGUCAGCUUCAGCCCUCUCGUCUCUGUGGCUCAGUGCCCAAACUAUGAUUCAUCUCUUUGCUUCACCCCCACCGAAGCCGAGAAGACCUUGGCACCAGCUGCUCCAUCUUAUGUCACAGACAGGGAAACUGAGGCCCAGAAAGGGAGAUGGAUUUUUCCACUGUUACUUGUUGGGAAGCCUUUCAUCUCCCUGAAGGGCCCAGAUCAGAGGACAACCCCUUCCAAUUUAGUGGAUUUUCUCUGUACUGCUGGCCCUUUCAGCUCCAGGAACCUCAGUGUCAACUGGUUGAAGAACAACAAUGAACAUUUAGCCUCAGCCCCACACUUGGUAUCUGUCAAUGAAUCUUACUCUGUCACAAGCAAGGCAUGGGUGACCUUGACCAAGGAAGAUAUCUUGUCUCAGAUCACCUGUGAAGUCACCCAUGGAGACCUUGACGAGCCCCUAAGAAUGACCAUUAAUCUUUCUCAAGUGGUCCGAGUUAUCCCCACACUGAAGAUCACCAGUGAGCCCCCGGAGAUCCAAGGUCAUGCACAUCAAAGAGUGAACCUGACUUGCCAUGUAAACCACUUCUAUCCCCAAGACAUGCACCUCAUCUGGGCUAAGAAUGGGCACAAAAUCCUGACCGUGGAGCUCCCUCAGGCCACCAAAAACUCUGAUGGGACUUACUCUCUACAACACAUGUUACGGGAAGAUGCCAUAUUGAAUGAGACUGACUUUGUCUGCUGGAUGAUCCAAGAUGACCAUCCUCCAGUUGGGGACAGCAUCACCCUGGGAGCUUCCAGGAAGGUUGAAGGAAGGAAAGACUUCUCUCAUCACCUUGAAGGCCCUCUGCAUCGGUUUACACCUGGAGCAAGCAUCCAAUUGAAGUACACCUCCUCUGCCUUACCAACCCGUCAGGUUACUGUGACCUGGCUCAAAAACAACCACAGCCUUCUCCAGACCCAGACCAACGUCCUCUCCAGUGGAAAGACCUACAAUGUGACUAGCACUGUUCUUGUCCCACUGGAGAAUGAUGACAUAUUAUCUUUAGUUCUCUGCCUGGUUCAGCACAAGUCAUUAGUGGUUUUCCAGAAAGUCAUCUACUUGGGCCAGUACCUCUGUGUUCCUCCGGUGGUGAGAGUGUCCCAAUCUUCAACUGUCUCCGGUUUGGUGGAUGUUACUUGCCAUGUGCAGAGAUUCUAUCCACAGGAUGUAUAUCUCACCUGGCUGGAAGACUGUCACGUGAUCAGGAGAAUGGAGCAACCUACACCUAAGAGGAAUGAGGAUGGGUCCUACACUCUGGAAAUCCCGCAGCUGGUAAACACAUCAGUGCAGAGAUCUGGUCAAGUACUCACUUGCAAGGUAGAACAUGAGGAACAGCCUCCCAUCCAGGCCAGCAUUAUAUUGUCUACAGCAUCCUUUCCCACAUCCAAAGCCAUUAGGAGCCUAAGUUCAGAGAAAUCUAUCCACAUUUUUGUGGCUUUCCUUUUAUGCCCCAAGAUACUUCUGGUGAUGAGUUUUCUAGUCAUCUACAUGUAUAGGCGGUGGAGCCUGUAACAGAUGAGUACUUCACACAGCCAUCAUCAGAGAAGCUGUUUGCAGUAGAUGAAAGCUAACACAGAGAGCCAUAACUAGACAGCAUACAAGUGAGUGAGAGAAGUUGAAAUACUCCGUCCUAAAUGAGAAGACCCCAGCAAACCCCCCCGUCCUAAAUGAGAAGACCCCAUCAAACCCCUCCGUCCUAAAUGAGAAGACUCCAUCAAACCCCUCCAUCCUAAAUGAGAAGACCCCAGCAAACCCCUCCGUCCUAAAUGAGAAGAUUCCAUCAAACCCAUCCGUCCUAAAUGAGAAGACUCCAUCAAACCCCUCCGUCCUAAAUGAGAAGACUCCAUCAAACCCCU